CAACAAUGUAACGAAUGUUCACCGGCGUGCGUUUGUCUGUCUGAUUUGUCGUAAAUUCAUGGAGAUUUCAAUUUUCAAUGUGAAUUUUGGAUUUUGAAGAAAUAUUUAACAAAUUGUGUGAUUGAACCAAAACAAUGAUCAAAUUAGUUGACCAAGUGGUCCGGAGUUUCAAAGUUGCAAAGGUAUUUCGAGAAAACACGGACAAAAUAAACAGUAUAGACUUUUCUCCCAAUGGCGAAACAUUGAUAUCGUGUAGUGAAGAUGAUCAGAUCGUUAUAUAUGACUGUGAAAAGGGCACACAAAUGAUAACAGUCAACAGCAAGAAAUAUGGUGUUGAUCUAAUACAUUUUACACACGCAAAAAACACGGCAAUACACAGUUCGACUAAGGUGGACGAUACGAUACGAUAUUUGUCAUUACACGACAACAAAUACAUCAGAUAUUUCCCCGGACACACUAAAAAAGUGGUGACACUAUGUUUAUCUCCUGUAGAAGACACAUUUUUAUCAGGUUCAUUAGACAAAACACUCCGACUAUGGGAUCUUCGAUCGCCUAAUUGUCAAGGACUAAUGCAUCUGUCAGGGAGGCCAGUAGCAGCAUAUGAUCCAGAAGGCUUGAUUUUUGCUGCGGGUGUCAAUUCUGAGAGCAUCAAACUUUAUGAUUUAAGGUCAUUUGACAAAGGACCUUUUGUUACAUUCAAGUUGAAUCAGGAAAAAGAAUGCGAUUGGACAGGGUUAAAGUUUUCCCGGGAUGGGAAGACAAUGUUAAUAAGCACAAAUGGCUCCAUAAUUAGACUAGUUGAUGCAUACCAUGGCACCCCACUGCAGACAUUCACAGGGCACCUUAACAACAAAGGGAUCCCUAUUGAGGCUUCAUUCAGUCCUGACUCACAGUACAUAUUCAGUGGAUCUACGGAUGGAAGAGUACAUGUAUGGAAUGCAGAUACUGGAUAUAAAGUAUGUGUGCUCAAUGGAGAUCACCCAGCACCAAUACAGUGUGUUCAGUUUAACCCUAAAUUCAUGAUGCUAGCUUCAGCAUGUACCAACAUGGCAUUCUGGCUACCUACUAUAGAUGAUGCCUGAAUGCACUUUUGUCAAUUUUUAGAAAUGUUUAAAUGUCUUUAUAUUAUGAUGAUCUAAUGAAGUCUGACUUUACCAGGCUAUUUUACUAUUAACUAUGGUAUUAUAGGUGAUAUAACUAUACAAAUCAUAGCUUGAAAACAUGAUUGAUGUAUCUUAUACCUAUUAAUCUGUAGUGUUCAUUCAAUGUUAGGGAGAAUCAAAUUAAUGUUACAGUCUAAUCUAAACAUCUUUUUUAGUGUAAACUGACUUGAAUUUAUAUUUAAAAACUCAUAACUGCAUGCAUAACUGGAUGUUAGUUUAAGGGAAGAAAAUUCUUUAUUUAAUUCUAUUUUACACUGAUUUAUUCUGUAUGAUUUAUCUCUAUUCUGAUUUAUUGUCAUGUGAAUAGUGUAGUCUACCACCUUUAUACGAAACUUUAUUUGCCUUUUCAACAUUUGAAUAAAAUUAAAAGUAUUAUAUUGCAAUGUUCAUCAUUUAAGUGGGUAAAUGUAAUUUUACCUUUGUCAAUAUUUCUCUGUGUCCAUUAAUUACAGU